AUGCCACGCGACCCACCAGUCCCCCACGCACACGCCGUGCCAUACGACCGCACACAUUCGCGGCGGCGAUCGCGCGACCCACCCACCGAACAUAACGGGAACGGGAACGGGAAUGGGAAUGGAAACGCUCCACACCCAAACGGCAAUGGUGCGCUGCUGGCCGUGAGCCCCGCUGCGCCACUGCGAAUGAGGUUCGAGAACCAGCACGCAUUCUUCGAAGAACUAUACCGGCUUCUCAGCCAACCCGACGGCGUGGGCACGCUCGAGGAACUCGACGAGAUCCUCAUCCAGUAUGUCCGACUUUGUGGACAAUACCACGACGACUUUCUGCGAGACCCCGAAGAUAUUCGGCGCGCCAUGGAACUGCUCCUCGACUCGGACUUGUUUCAAUACAACGACCAGCGAAUGGUGGGGAUCAUGAUGUCGCAGGCAGUGGAUAUCACGAACCCCCACGAGCUGUACAUCUGGGACUAUCUCAUUGCGCACUACGGCCAGCGACAUCCCUCAUUGUUUCGUUCUCACCGGAAAUGGGCUAAACUCCUACCUACGCUCAUGGAGACGAUUGACGUCGAGCCAGACGACGACGGGUGGGUGGACGGCCUGCCGCCCAUCGAGCACCGCCUACACCUCCCCGCCACGCAGCUUCUGUACGAAGUGUGCCGGGUGAUGCGUCUCACCGAGACCGAGCUCGACCAAUUCAACGACACGUUCAUCGACCACCUGUUUGACAUUGUCGAGCAGUCACGCAGCGACCGCGACGACGUCUUAGGACAAGCGGUGGUCAAGCUCAUCCUCGCGCUGAACGAACAGUUCAUGGUGUGGUCGUUGCCAAAGCAUCACAAGAAGCCCGAGCGGUUGCGUUGCUCGUCGCACUCGAAUCUCUCAGCGGAGAAGGAAUCUGAACCCGAGCUUGGACCCGUCGGACUCGUCGCUCCCAGGUCCGCUAGGCGGCCACGCGCUCACAGCGUCGCUCCCGUCUCCGUUGCCAGUAUCAUGAACGAGCGGGCCACGGUGGAAGUGGGUGUGGUCGAGGAGACAAAGAAACACAACCGUGUGCUCGUUGUGCUCAUGCGGCGGUUGGGAAACAGCAAGGCUUUCGGCGAAUUCAUGUGCUUUAUGCUCAACCGCGCAGAGAAUGUUGAGACGCCCGAGGGUCUUGGCGCUCAGCUCAUCAUCCUCAAGAUGCUUUACUUGCUCUUCACAACCCCAGGCACACAGGAGUACUUCUACUCGAACGAUCUGCACGUGGUUAUCGACGUGUUUAUCCGCAUGCUCAUCGACCUCCCCGACGAGCUCAACCAGCUGCGGCACACAAUGCUCCGUGUGCUGUACCCGCUGAUAUGCAACUCGCAGAUGAAGGAGGACACGUACAAACGCUCUCAUCUAAAGCUGGUGCUCGACUCUCUUGUUGCGAACGAGCACAUCCGCGACGUCGACCCUACUACCAAGCGGCUCGUGAACCGCUGCCUCUCUGCGGUCAAGGACUGCGAGAAUUGCGCUCCCGGUUUGGAGCCACCUGUCCUCCUCAAGCCGCGCCGCCUGUCACCCGACAUUACUGUCAACCUUGGAUCGCUGAUAGCGGCGCUCCCUCAACCCAACAAGUCGCCAUACACCGACGUCAACCCGGUGCGUGUGACGAGCCUGAUCGACGUCUCGGCUGGCGCAGUCGAGCGUCCCGGUUCAGCUGCGAGCACAAAUGUCGAUUCGCCUGUCGACCGCUCUGCAUCAGGCACGCCAGUCCCGGUGAUCCGGUCACGCGCGCGGCGCAAGGCCCCCGCCCCUCCUGCCCAGAGAAAAUACUCGACAAGCAGCGUCAUGUCAAGCACGAGCACAUGCCCAAGCGACUACGACGACAGUAUCCCUGCCCAGUCCCCGGGCCUCGUAGACAUGGGUGCGAGCAACGUACCACCCCCAAUCGUAGAGGUAACCCGCCCCGAAUGGGUGACCUUUACAGCCUAG